AUGGCGAUGCGAACGGACAUGAAGCAUGCGGACGGGCACCGUGGCCCCGGGGACGCCUUGAAUGACAAGAUAGGUGGUGGCGACUAUGAUGGCCCAGGACAUACGGUAUCAGAGAAUGAGACACAUGCACGCGUACAAACGCAAAAAAAUGGCAUAGGAAGUGGGCCUCAAAUACGCAGCACGUCUCGGCAGCUGGAAGUGCUAUGCGGACCCUUACUCAACUACCGCCGUAUGAGCAGGGAGCAUACAGAUAGUCCGGUAUGGCACGGAAGCGUCUUGAUCGUCACCAUGCCUGGAGGUGUUCCGGAUUUGAUGACCCUGAGCUGUAUUGGGUCAGCUGGCAGCAGCAAUGGCAUGUCCAACGGCAUGUCCAACGGCUACUCUGCUUCUCAAGAUCGCCAGAUCCAAGGCGUCAAGCUCUUCGAAGACCCUCGCAAAGCCUUCUGGCAGUUCGAUGUCGAGGCACCGUUUCAGGAGCAGGAGAGUGCAUGGGAGUAUAGUAUACCAAGACUUGUGGCUGCGAAGGGCGAAUCUGGCUCGCUGAGCCGCCCGAAACGAUUCUACAUCCCUUCCAAGCACGAAAGCAUGCGCAUCAUGUUCCAUUCUUGCAACGGCUUCUCCUUGGGCACAAAUGAGGAGGCAUGGUCCGGACCAGCGCUUUGGAACGAUGUCAAUCGCGUACAUGAGCAGCAGCCGUUCCACGUCAUGAUCGGAGGUGGCGACCAGAUCUAUAACGAUAGCGUACGGGUCAAAGGACCUCUCAAGCCCUGGACUGACAUCGGCAACCCAAAGAAGCGACGCGAAUAUCCUUUCAACGAGGAGAUGAGGGCGAAGUGCGACGAGUUCUACUUCAACAACUACACGCGAUGGUACAGCACAGAGCCGUUCAGGACGGCAAAUGCACAGAUAGCGCAGCUGAAUAUCUGGGAUGAUCACGAUAUAAUUGACGGAUUCGGCUCUUACACAGACCAUUUCAUGAAAUGUCCAGUCUUCCGUGGUAUUGGAGGCGUGGCACACAAAUACUAUCUCCUAUUCCAACACCACUUGCCACCUCCAGUAUCCACGUACACGACCGAUGCUCCGCAAACUAUGCAUACGAAUGGCAGGAUGCAGAUCGAUAGCGUGCAGCUGCGUGACACGUAUGUCAUGACACCAAAAGCCGAAGAUCCAAGCUAUAUCAUGGGACUCAAGGCAGGUCCAUAUGUAGAGGAGAAGAGCAGGAGCAUAUACUGCCAGCUUGGCAAGCGUGUAGCAUUUCUGGGUCUCGAUGCACGCACAGAGAGGACAAGGCAUCAGAUUAACUACCCUGAGACCUACGAUCUCAUCUGGAGGCAUACGAGCCAACAGCUUGCGGCCUCAAGAGGCGAGAUCAAGCACUUGGUUCUGCUGCUGGGUGUUCCGAUCGCCUAUCCUCGUUUGCAAUGGCUAGAGAACAUCCUACAGAGUCCCAUCAUUGGACCGAUCAGAUUCUUAAACAAGCGUUUCGGUGUCGCAGGAGGCUUUUUCAACCAGUUUGACGGGAAUGUAGACCUGCUAGACGACCUGGACGACCACUAUACCGCUCACCAACACAAGAAAGAGCGAAAAGAGCUGAUUCUGCGACUGCAGAAGUUGGCAAAGGAGCACAGUGUUCGUGUCUCCAUCCUUGGAGGAGACGUUCAUUUGGCUGCCAUGGGUCGCUUCUACUCCAACCCAAAGCUGAACAUCCCUGCCGAACGUGACUGGCGAUAUAUGCCGAACAUCAUCAGCUCCGCCAUCACGAACAAGCCUCCACCUCAGGCUGUCGCUAACCUCCUGGCAAAGCGGAACAAGAUCCACCAUCUCGACCACGAUACUGACGAGACACUUCUCGAGCUCUUUGACAAGAACCCGGGUGCAGACGAAGGCGCGAAGCCCAAGACUGCUGCAGCCAAUCACGCUACUAUGCCCAGUCGCAACUAUGCCAUCAUCUGCGAAUCCCACCCACACGCCAACGGUACGGCGCAGUCAAAUGGUAUUGCCACUCAUGGCGCCAAUGGUAUGGCUCAUGGCCAACAGAACGGAGCUGUGGAUAUGGCAUUCUCUGCUCCCAAGAACCCUCGUGAGCCACUCCAUCUUGGUGAGAAGGGCGCCGGGACUACACACGCAGCUGCUGGCGGAGUCGAAAAGACUGGUCUUGCCGGUAUGAACGGUCUGGAUGUGACGAUUAGAGUCGAGAUUGAACCGUCUGAUCGUGAGGGCCAUACGCAGGGGUAUGGGUUUAGUGUGCCUGCUCUGGAGAGUGCUGCUUACAAAGGGCAAGGAGAGAAGUGGUGA